AAAAACGUGAUUGUGAGUAACUCCCGAGGAAGAUUCGUGAGCACAGGUUGCUCGGGAGAAAAUCUUAAGAAUAGUUUUAUGUUAAACCACACAAAAACAUGUAGACGUGACAGCUCGAGUCUUAGGUAGAAGUGUUAAUGCAUAGUUCCAAGCUGGAAGAAUGAAUUUAGGAGAGUGUAGGUAGAAGUGUUAAUGAGUAGUUCCAAGCUGGAAGAAUGAAUUUAGGAGCAGGCAGUGAAGCUUCUGAUGGACUGUACAAGAUUGCUUAAAACUGGUAGUAAUCAUGGAAACUGGUAGACAUGACUACCUGAAAGUACUCCUCUUUUAUCGAUAGAGGGGGUCAAGGUGGAGGAGAAAUACUUGCUCUUGGUGUUUUUUAUGAAGGGGUGUAAAAAUGGACAGUUAACCAUACUAUUUUUGUUUUUGGCAAUUGCAUUGCUUUCCCUCAAAGACCUCUUGGAUCUUUUAUCGCUUUGUUAGUUCUAUCCAUGGGUUGUGUUAGGUCUAGUUCAUCUUUUAUAAUGCUAUUGGAGGGAUGACAGAUGAAGAAAAGCAGGACAUUUGAGCUGUAUGCUCAAAAUAGCCUGUGCAGCUCCACCUCCUUUUUAAAGUUGGUCAUCUGUUUCUCAGGUAUGACUUUAAAGUUUUAUUUCAGAACUUGGUUUCUGACCAAGUCUUGACAGGUAUUGCGUAUGUCCUUUAUUUCAGGAGUCUCUAGAGUUGUUUACAGAUUUUUUUCAUGAGGUUGUGAUUGCUAAGUAGUGUAACAUGGCAAAAGCUGAAAUAUACUGCUUUGAUAAGAAGAGUGCUGCUCAUCCUGCAUUACAUCUUCUCAUUUCUCUGUUGUUAGGUGUGAAGGUGAGUAGUGUCAAAAUAAUGGAGAAGCCAGAAGUGUGUUUUCAUUGGUUAAUGUGUUGAGGGUUCUUAAUGAAGCACACAUCAGGUGUGAUACUUGAGUAAGGUGUUCCUUUACUUUUUGGCAACAACAGGCUUUUUAAUCAGUUCAGACUACAACCCAAUUUCUGUUACUGUGAUUAUUGUUAUUUCCUCAGAGAAGUGCUUUUAGAUAUUUUUUGGUCUCUCUGUCUUGGAGGUGUUUACUUUGUCAUUAUAGAAGUCACUACAGCAUGUUAAUUACCACUUGGGGUUUGUUGAAUUCCCGUGUAUGUAAACAAAAUGCUUGAGGUUUUGAGUGUUUUUCUUCAGGAAUACCCUUAAGAUGAUGAUACUGUGAAAGGGAACCAUUUUCAUUCUGAAAUACUGUAUACAAGCACAAUAUUCCCCUUGCAGACAAGCACUGUUGUGGCUUUAAUAAUGUGGUUGUUUUUUUUAGCACAAGACCAUUGUGUGGCUCUGUCCUGUACUCUGUGAUAACUUAGCAUGCUCACUUUACUUAUAACCACCUCAUUGUGUUACUAUGAUCAGCAUAAGCCCUCUGGGUUUUGUUUGUGUUCAAGCCACUGUAAAGGCAGUUGCAUCUCAGGCUUUCAAGGUACGGUGCUUAAAAUGGUUUUCAGAGAACUCUGGGGAAAAAGCUCCAAAACCCAAAAGACAUCUUACUAGUGUUGAUCACCACAGGUGAAAUGUGUAGAUCUAGUUUUGUCUAUCUAGUAACUGGAUGUUGUGGCUCCAUUGGCUUCAGCUGCAUCUCUGUCUGUCUGGGUAAGACUGUGAGGAAAGGCUGAAAUGAUUUGGGUUGUUUGGCCGGGAGAAGAGAAGCCUCUGGGGGAAACCUCAUUGCAGCCUUUCAGUACUUAAAAAGGGUCCAUAAGAAAGAUGGGGGCAGACGUUUAAUAGAGCCUGUUGUGAUAGGACAAGGAAUAAAUUUAAGGAAGGCAGUUUUUAUGAUGAGCGUAGUGGACCAUGGGCACAGAUUGCCCCGAGAGGUGGUGGAUGCUCUGUUCCUGGAAACAUGCAAGGUCAGGUUGGAUGGGACUCUGAGCUAUCUGAUCUAGUAAAAGAUGUCUCUGUUCAUUGCAGAGCAGUUGGACUAGAGGGCUUUUAAAAAUCCUUUCCAGGUCAAACUAUUCUAUGAUUUCUGCUAGUUGGAUUGCAAGUAAAUUUUGUAAUGGAUACCCAGAAAUUGAAGAGCUCUUGGGCAGCAGAUUUUAAAAAAUUAUUCAUCUUAAUGGCAUGCUUUAUGUCACUGACUCUUUAUUGAAAGGUAAAGGUAAAAUCCAAUUUCCUUGACCAGAAUUUCUUUGCCUAGAUCAUAAGCCUUUUAUUCAGCAUCUUUUCACUUCUACAUCAGACAUGGCAAAUGUCAAAUGCCUAUUCUUACAUGACUCUGAUCUUUGUAGCAGAUCCUUCUCAUUUGCUGGCUGAAGCAAAGACUGAAGAAAAAAUGUACGGUUGUAUGCAGGAAAUUAAUCAUAGUGUGUAUACAUAAACUGACACAUUAAAUUUUGCCUUUUCUAUUAUGCUGCCUUACCUUGGUUUUAACACCUUUUUUUGUGUAUGGUUUCUGCAAUAUUUCUUUGCUUGUAGUAAGAAAAUAUUCUAUAGAUAGUAUUAUCCUGACAUACUUUGAAAUCACAACCUGUGCUAAUUUACAAGAUUAGCCUGAUGGGUAACGUUGUCUGUGCUCUUGGGGCUACCACUGAAGGAGAAAAUUAAUCUUGUGCCUAUUUAUGUGUAUCCAUAGAAGUAAAUUGCCGAUUUUGAACUCCAUUUCAUCUUCUGCAGGUAGUUGGCUCUGGUGUCCAGUCUUCCACCUUGUCCUGUUCUGUGUGAAUGCUCUUAUUUUUUUCUGUUCUGUGGAUGGUGCUUAAUACUAGUUUUAUUAGUAUUAGAUGAUUUAUAAUUUAGUCUUUAAGUUGUCCUACGCUUCUGUCUCCUCCGCUGAUUCAUCUGGACGUUAAUUCUUAUUAGUAGGAAAUUCCAUCCCUUCUUGAACCUCUGCAUUUUCUAUGUGUAUCUGUGUCUGACUUUUAUCUAUGUAAUUUAAUUCGUCUGGUUCCACGUGUAUCUGGAACAAAGUGAUCCAGAAACAGAACGAUCCAAAAUAGAAGAGAUAAUGCUGGCAGUCUUUUUCAAGUACCUAAUAGUACAGAAUUGGAUCCAUUAUUCUGUGUACUUGUUCCUUGUAUUUUAUAUGAGAGUAAAACAUCGACAGUGCUUAGAGUAUCAGAUCUCAUCAAGACAUACAACUGUCCUGUCCAGCCUACACUCUAGUCUAUAUUAUUCUCUUAUUAUUUUAGCUUCACAGUUUGCAACUUUGAUAGUUACAUUUUUACACUCACUGCAGCUUCAUACAAGUACUAAACUUGUAGAGCACAUUAUGGCAGGUUACUCUGAAGGUUAAAUUACCUAUCAUGACAAUUUGGGAAUAAAUAGGUUUGUUACGUUUUAUUGAACUAACGAUCCACUUGAAGUGGUGUAGUUUAGAUAAUUAGGCAUGCCCUCAAUUUCUUUGAAACUUGCACAGUGAACUGUUCUUUUGACCUCUGGUCUGCUGCUUAGAACAUUGUUAUUGAUACACUUGUGCUUACAACCUGAGUAUUGCAUAAAUUGCUGAAUAUUUACCUAAGGUUUUAAAUGUCAUCUGGGAAAUUAAAUCAAUUAUUUCGGUAUAUUAAUGCAAAGUUGGGCAAGUGAGCAUUUCAGAUUCCUAACCAGGUCUUGUUUACCUGGUGAUGACUCUGGCAAACAUGAGUGGGUUACCUAGUGUUGGAAGCAUGGUCUAGAAGCAGAUGUCCUCUGUAAUACGAGCCAGUAGUUCUAGUUCUUUUUGUACACAAAAGUAAACAACCAUUUAAACUUGGUAUAUUUUAGAGUCCUACUUGCAAGAUUAAGUAUUUUGGUUGCUUUGUGCUUUGGCUGCUGUUGUAAAGCUAGCUAACAACUGAACAUGCAUGAGAGCAUGGUUAAGGAAACAACUCAGCUGUCCCAACUGUUGGGUCAGUGGAGUUCUGUAGUAACUAACUGGCUUUUACCAGGUAGAAUAUUUAAUUCAACAUAACUUGAGUAAAGAUUAGAAGUCCUAAGUAUACGGACUCACCUUGAAACUGCAACCAGAUGUGAAGUGUUUCAGGAUUGAUGUAGCAGGUUUUUGCAGGAUGUGAUACUGAUGAGCAUGACUGAAUUGUGGAAAAUAUAUGCUUUGUACCGCACCAUUGAGGGUACUGCAGUUUGCUUAAAUUUUUUUUUAAGAGCAACCAUUUAUGGUCUGCUUCUGUCUGUACUAUCCUGAGGAGGAAGAAUUUAGCUGUCUGGAGUUUCAUGUAAAUGUUCAAUCAGGUACUGUUUCAAGGACAGGGAUGAAUAUAGGAACACUUCUCAAGUGGAAAAGGUACCAGCAUUUCUUUUGAAAUGCCUAGAUAUAGCAAAAGGCAGAUAAACACUCAGCAAGUGAGAAGUAAAUUUAUGAACACACUUGUGAGAUAGCCUGUGCUUCUUUGCAUAUGUUGACUUCCAUGGCAGUCAUCUUUGGAGGAGUCAAAGGCAGAUGGACUGCAGAUGUGUUUUUUCACAGGAGAGUGAAGUUUCACAAUUUCAACCCUGAGGAAUAAGUCUGAAUAUAAUUUCUGCAAAUGUUGAGAUGCAGUUCAUUAGCUAAAGCAUAAUAUUUGAAUUUAAGAAAUCUGAGUUAUUAGUUCCUCACUUAUUUGGCAUUAAUAUGAGUACUGUGUCGUUCUUAAGGGAGUACCUCUUAUAUUUAUAAUUGAAAGAAUAUAGCAUAACAAAUUAUAAAAGGGACUAUAGUUUUCUAACGAGGGAUGAGAGAUGUAAAGAAAAGGUGACAAAAACUAGGAUAAGAACUUGUUUCUUCAUUUUGCUGAUGCGCAGUCAGACCAAAGCACUGUGUAAGUAUUUGUAUGUGUGAAUCACAUUUAUGUUACACCCAGAAUGACCUGUGCCUGUUUUGCAUGAGUUCCCUGGUUCUGUGAGAAAAAAUGAUCAGUAUGUCCUUGUACAGGAUACGAAGAAUGGAGUCAAAACCCUCAAGAAUUCCUCGCAGGAUAUCUGUUCAGGCUUCCAGCUCUCCUCUAGGAUCUAGAACUGGAAACAGUUUAUCUGGUGCAUAUAGUACAAGAGAAUCUUCAUGGAGAUUAGAAUCUGGAUACCAGGAAUCCAGUGUAUUGAAUAGUUCCAGCAGAGACUGGAGAAUUGGCGAAAGGGACACUCGUGAAACUCCUUGGAAACUUACAGCGUCGUCUCCAACUCGCUACUCAGGGACACUUGAUCACCCCCAUUCUGGAAGAUUUUUGGGAAGCAGAAGCAGAUUGUCUACGUCUUCUUCCUCUCAUUUCUCGUCUGGGUGUUAUGGUGAGUCUGAGAGAACUCAGGGAGCAUAUUCAAGACUGCAUAGCCAGGAGCAAGAUAGUGAUUCAAAGAGACCUAAACUAUCUUGUACAUCUACCUCUUCUGUGAGAAGUAAUGGCUUGACUGCCUUUUCAGAGUCCUCAUGGAGAUGCAGUAGGAUUCCUAGAUCUUCAUCAGUAAUGCUUGGCUCCCUUGGAACGGAUCUGGUGAGAGAGCGAACACAGUUAGAAAGAAGAACAGAUCUGUCUGUUAAUAACCUGGUGGAUCCCAGCUACAGAAGCAGUGACUUUUCACCUUCAACAUAUCUUCAAGACAGGCCUGCCUCUUCGUAUGCAGAGGGAGCAAGACCAAAAGAGAGCUCAUUAAGCACUUUGAGGCUGAAUGUACCCGUGAACCGCCAGUUGCCUUCUGAUCAUCAGCCGUCUUUUUUCAACAGAGACUCUAACAUGAGCUCUUCAAGAUCCAACUAUUCUUCAAGACAAAGGAGAAAUGAAUUGGAAUCUCCCCAGAGGAGUGUGCAGCCAGCAUUUUCUCUUACUGCCAUUAGAGAUGAAACCCCUUCCUCAAGUAGUUCUGAAAGGAUUUUAUCUUCUCAAAGGUCACUGAAUGAGUCAGCAGCUGACAGUGAAGGGAGGCGCACAACCAGACAGUUGCUAUCUCGUUUAGCAUCUAGUAUGUCAUCUACGUUUUUCUCUCGAAGGUCUAGCCAAGACCCAUUGCAUACAAGAUCGUUAGGAUCUGAAGAGUCAAUGGUGGUCCCAAGAGUUCAAGCUACUACUCUGUCAAGUAGUAAUGGAGAUGCAACUCCUGAAGUUCCAGGACUUCAGUCAUCCGAAACUUCUCAGGGGUUUAGUUUUCUUGGACGAAGAUGGGGUUUAUCAGGAGUUUCACAGAAUCGCAGCUCUGAUUCUGACGGGGAAAGUUACAGACCAGACACUGAAAACAGGAGCGCAGGAUCCUGGUUGUCGUCCUCUUUGAGAAACAGAUGUACACCUCUCUUCUCCAGAAGAAGAAGAGAAGGAAGAGAUGAAUCCACAAGGAUCUCUACCUCUGAUACAACUGCUAGAUCACAACAUGUCUUUAGAAGGAGAGAGUCAGGUGAGGAGACCUCUCUUGAAGCAUCAGAUAGCCCUCGUCGGGCUUCUGUUAACAGACCGACACCUGCAGUAUCUGUUAUUUCUACAGCUACUGCCUCCCCACCAGAUUCAGCCCCCAGUGGAAGAAGUUCAGGAAUUCUGCCUGGUUCUCUGUUUCGCUUUGCAGUACCUCCAACAUUAGGAAGCAGUCUGUCUGACAAUCUUAUGAUAACUGUAGAUAUCAUUCCUUCUGGCUGGAAUCAGUCUGAUGGACAGGAAAGUGGCAAGUCUAAAAUACCGCCUUCAAGAGAUCCAGAAAGGCUCCAGAAAAUUAAAGAAAGCCUGCUUUUAGAAGAUUCUGAAGAUGAAGAGGGUGACUUAUGCAGAAUCUGUCAGAUGUCCUCUGCAAGUUCUGACAACCUUUUAAUAGAGCCAUGCAAAUGCACUGGAAGUCUGCAGUAUGUUCACCAGGAGUGCAUGAAAAAAUGGCUGCAAUCGAAGAUAAAUUCAGGUUCUUCUUUGGAAGCAGUGACAACUUGUGAAUUGUGCAAGGAGAAGUUGCAUCUUAAUCUGGAAGACUUUGACAUUCACGAACUCUAUAGGGCACAUGCAAAUGAACAAGCAGACUAUGAAUUUAUCAGCUCUGGUCUCUACCUUGUAGUGUUGUUACACUUGUGCGAGCAGCGCUUUUCUGAUAUGUUAGGAACUGCAAAUGAGGCCAGCACACGUGUCAGAUUUAUUAACCUUGCAAGAACUCUUCAGGCACAUAUGGAAGAUAUUGAAACUUCUGAAGAUGAUUCUGAAGACUGAUGCUGAUAGAACUUUCAUACUGCAAGAAACAAACAGAAUUGCUGCAGAAAUGCUGAACUGGCAAGAACAAUGUCAACGUGCAUUUGUUUUAUUCCUCUCCUUAGUAAAAUGCACAUUGAAUAUUACUGUAGUUUUUGAAGCAUUGUUGAAUUCAAAAUCAGCUGCUGCACAGUGGAGCUCAGUGGACUUGAGAACUACUCAGCAUGUGUGAGGAUUAGAUACAUAGAAAGCAACUUCCUUUUUUAAAUUAUGAGGAUGUUGUGGUUUGUUUUGGAAGACAUCAGAUUCUGAAUAUUUAAGGAAGCUCUAUCUCCCUUUCUAUUUCCUUCUUACUGUAGUCAGACUUCUGGUUUUGUCUUACCAAGUUUUGCUCCUGUACUGGCACUAAGUGGUUAUAGUGGGUUUCGGGGGAGGGUGGGGAUGCCCGUGUACUUAAAUACGUUUUUGUUUGGCUCUUCUUAAAUGCCUCUUUUGCCACAUCAUAUUAACUGAUUGCUUCCAUUGUUAAUGAAUGAACAGCAGGAUAAGGUAAGCAAGAUGCUGUAGAGAUUGUUUGGGGUUUGGCUUAUUUGAAGAUUAUUAUUUAACUCAAAAAGCAAUAAGAAGUUGCAGAGGUCUUUUAAUACUUGGUGAUGGUAUUUUUAUGUACCAGUUUGGAAAUCUGAGAUUAUAUUUGAUAUCAUGUGGCUGUUCCAUUAUGGAAUAUUGCAGGUGUAAACUCUUGCAUUUCAGCAUUCCUAGCAGAUAUGCAACUUGACAAAGACCUAAGGCUGUUUAGUUUAAUCAGACUUUUUUUAGAUCCCACCUUCACUGUUCAAAGUGCUGGUUAUCAAUGUGUUUUCUAGUGUUAUCACUUCUUUAUAAAUAAAGACAAAAGAGGCGUGCAUCUCUGCUAGUAUUGUCAAUUUUAUUUACAUGUGGAUAUAUACCACAAUUUACACUUGAAAACAUAGAAAGCUGUAGUCUGUGGUAUAUCUUUACUAAUGUUUAUAAAUUCUUACCCAGCUAUUUAAGAUCAUUCUGACCAUUUUGGAUUGAAAUGCUUUCUAUAAAUGGUGGUACAGUAAAUUCUUAUACAUGUAUUGGAAUUGUAUUUCCUACAGAUAGGUGUUAGUUUCGUAAUUACCAUAGUAACAAUGUAUCUGCAAAGAGUGCAGUACGGUGAGUUUGUUGUUACAGUAUGUAAAUCUAACUUACGCAGAUGAAAGGAUGUGCCUUACCAGCUGAAUUGGAUUCGUGAUUUUUAGAGUUAACUUUGCUAGCAUUACAUGAGUUGUCCUGUUGUCUGUAACAGCAGGUUGGCCCUUUUUGAUUAGCAAAAAGGCAUCAAGUUUCUUUAAAAAAGGAGAGGAGUUAUACAGUAUAUCAGGCUAAGACAAUUUUGAGUAGGUCUGCAGUGUUUUCGUAAAGUGGAUUUAUUUCUCUUUUAACUUUAGAAUAAAUUAUAGUGUAGAUUGUACAGAUUGAUUAAUUAUGGGUCAAUAAAGAAAAGAGUGAAUGACAAAGAUUUAAAGAAACCUGUAUGUUUCCAAAUGCUGGAUUUGGAUGUUGAUUUCUUGAUUUAGGUAACAUUUAAUCAGGAGGAAAUCAGCUGUGUAUGACUUUUGCAAGCUAUUGGUAACCAAGGACUAGAAAUUAUUCCAGUUAAGCUUCAAGUAACUUCAAGGACUUAAAGCUUUACUUGGUCCCAAUUUAAGAAUAAGUUUGUUUAACUUUGGCAGCACAAGCUCAAUUUUAGAUGCUAUAUCACCACUAACUCCAAAGAACUGUAUGUCUAGAGAGUAAUCUCUGUGAACAGGAGACCUUUAGAAACUCAGUGCUUAUCUCUUGGCUUCACCUUACUUGAGAAGUCACAUUCUAAGAAAGGGUGCAAGGGCUCUUCAUGAGGCGUUUUCAUUUUCAAACCUGCAGUAUUAAACUAUGCAGUGAACUACAGUCUUUCCAGGGGUACAGUCAGAGGCAAAAGUUAAAAAAUCAUAUUGGAGCAGGAAAAAAAAUUUGCAUCUUUCUUACCCCAAGUAUCAGGAAGUUUGGCUGUUGGUAACAAAGGAGCUGAAAAAUGACAUCCAUGUCCACUGGGCAUCUGGACAUAAUUGAGAGUGCAGUUAACAAAACCUCUAUAUUUUCUGCCCAAUUUAAAAAUGGAACCAAGAAAGCUGUUGGCACCAUGCUGCCAUUUUUUUUUUCCUUUUUGGCCCCCUAAUGUGUCUCAUUCUACCCAUUUACAGUAUUACCAGCAGUAACCUGAUGUCAAGGUGUAUUUUGGAGAUACCAUUAAAAAAAAGUAGACGUUUUCUUUUGUAACUCUCUGAACCUUACUGUUCAUUAACAAAAAGAAAUCCAAAACAAACAAAAACCCAAAACCAAAACAAAACAAAGAAAAAAAGCCCAAACAAACAAAAAACCACGCAAAGAGAAAAUAUGUCAAAAUUACUGUAAUAAAAUUUAAAUCUUUAACCCUUAGAAAAACAGGCUGAGUUAAUACUGAAAGACAUAAAAUGGAAGGUAGGGAUAAAAACUGCAUAAAAAAUCCUGAUUUGUAUUUUAUAUGUUUAGGACUAAAAGCUGCAGAAGUGUCCUCCCUACCAUCAUCCAUAACUUUGGAUGCAAAGGAAAUCACAAAUCACAUUGCAAAACAAAUUUUGAGCAGCACAGGCGGAAGGGCGCUCCGGAGAUGAUGAAGCAGAGAGCUGCGCACCAGUUAGCAACGAGCUUGGUUCAGACUGCCAGCAAUUCUCAACUGGACCCUGGCAGUUGGCAUGGACAUUGGAAAGCCCUGAAGGAAAAGUAGGAAGCCAGUUGUCCCGCACCUGGGAAGAAUGAUGAGCAACAGUAACAUGUAACAGAGGCUGCUGCUCUAGUUUUUAUGACUGCACGAUGAUUCUGGUUUUUCUGGUCUUUUUACAUGGUGUUACAUUUUUAAUUCGUAGUGUAAAUUACACUCAGUAAUGGAAGAUCAUAUCCUUUAUAGGUUUCCUCCCUCCCCCAGCUUACCUGGAAUAAAAGCAUUUGCCUUCUAUGAGGAACACGAAUUCUCUUUGAAUUCUUUUUGAUGAUAAAUUGUAUAAUUUUCAGCAUUUUUGAGCAACGCUGAGAGGAGAGGGAAGCACUGGGGCAGAGUACCUAAGGAACUCAGAAUUUCAGGCGUGACACAGAAGAAAGCGCAGAUUACAGAAAGAGAAAUGUGCCCAAAUUGGCUCAAAGCAGUGUUGCUGUCUGUUGUUAUUCAACUAUGUCUUCUAAAAAUGAGAGUAUUCUAUUCAUUGUGCUGUGCUAAACACUUCUCACUUCUCCCAAUGCCAGGAAACAGAUGAAGUUUGGAGAAACUUGAAGGAAUUUGGAUGUGUGAAAACAGGCUGUUCUCUCUUCUCCAGAGCGAGCAGUUUGAUGUUAUUAGCAAUAAAGGUUCCAAGUUUUCUCAUAGUCCUCUUGCUCAGUCUUAAAGUCACUGUAGGAUUUCCAAAGAAUCCCCUUUCCAAAGAGACAACAGAGAAGCCUCUCAUCGUGUUCAUUCCGAUCACACACAGAUACUGGGAGGGGAAGGGAACAGAUAGAGGUGAGAUUUCCCUGAUAAAAGGUUUGGAGAUGAGGGUGCUCGCUGGCAGUACAGGCUGGGAUUAGGGCUGAGCAGCACCAAAGCUGGAGCACAUCAACCAUUCACCUUAUGUUUUGUCAGGGGCUUUAUGGAGACGGAUGUUAACUGAUGAGUCCUAGGCUGAGCCGUGACCGUGACCUGUUCUCUUGGAGCUGGUGGUUUUUGGACACGUUCACCUGCCACACUCUGUAAUAAUUAGUCCUGGGCUUUGCUCCUGUUUUUCUUUCAGCCUUCUAUCCGACUUACACUCUUUCUCUCUGUCCAGUGUCUUUUGUGCUCUUUUUUUGUCCUGUGUGCUCCACUUCCCGUUCCUUUUCACUACUUCACUCUCUGUUGUUCUUCUUUUUCUUUCAAGAAAUAAAUCCUUAAUAUUUAUUAAAUAAAUGUUGCUCAGUCCCUCUC